UGUGUCGCUCUCGGUCUCCGAUAUAAAUUGUGCAGAUGGAUGGAUACAUUGACACCGCCGGACAUACACAUACACAAAAAAGGGAGCUACUCAGAAAAUGGCCAACUUUUUCCAGGAAAUCCAAGUCCCAAAUCAGAAAAUUUCCACCGAUUCCCCACCGUUCCCAGCUGUCCUCGGGCCAAAUUCGCCGCCAUCUCUCGCCGAAUUCAUCUCUGCCAUAGAAUCCCAGAAGCCGCUUCUGGAAUCGCUGCUCCAUAAAACAGGGGCAAUCCUAUUUAGGGGAUUCCCGGUCUCCAGCGCCGCCGAAUUCAACCAAGUCGUGGAAUCCUUCGGAUACCCCGAUCAGCCUUACCUCGGCGGAGCGGCCUCCCGGACUAACGUCGUCGGCCGCGUCUACACCGCCAAUGAGGCCCCGCCCGAUCGCAAGAUCCCCUUCCACCACGAGAUGGCUUAUGCGGCGGAGUAUCCAAAGAAGUUGUUCUUCUUCUGCGAGGUGGCGCCGCGGAGCGGCGGCGAGACCCCUGUGGUGUUGAGCCACGUGGUGUACGAGAGGAUGAGAGAGAAGCACCCGGAUUUCGUAGAGCGGCUGGAGAAGGAAGGGAUGGUUUCCAGGAGAGUGAUGGGGGAGGAAGACGACCCUUCAUCCGCAAUCGGUCGCGGCUGGAAGUCAACGUUUUCCACCAACGACAAACUUGUCGCGGAGCAAAGAGCAGCAAAGCUGGGGAUGAAGCUAGAGUGGAUAGGAGAUGGGUCAACGGUGAGAAGAGUAAUCUGUGCGAACCAACCAAUCAAACACGACAAGUCGAGGGAUCGAAAGAUCUGGUUCAACGAGAUGGUGCCGGGUUAUACAGCUUUUAGCGACGGGGUCACGUUCGGGAACGGGGACGCUGUGCCAGGUGAUGCCGUGUAUGAUUGUUUGCAGAUCAUGGAGGAGGAAAGCGUUGCUAUUCCUUGGCAGAAGGGUGACAUUCUGUUUCUAGACAAUUUGGCUGUUCUUCACGGGCGCAAGCAUUUCACACCGCCUCGUCGUAUUCUCGCUGCACUCUGCAAGUAGUAAGUAAGAAGUGUGAAUGUUUGUAAUGUGAUUGUGUAAUGUAUCCUUGUAUUUCCCCUGUUGAAAAUGUACGUCUACAUAUGUAAUAAGCUGCUGCUCUCUAUACUUGUUUCCAGUGUUGUAUGACGUCAAAGAAAGAAUCAGAUGCAUCUGGUUGGACUAGGCAGCGCAUAUUUAAAAGUGGUUAAAGGGAAGUAUCGUGUGUUGUUAUGUGUUUGUUUUAUCGAACUUCUUUGUGAUUGGAUCAGUUUAAGACGUAAUGAUGGAGAUGUCAAUUGUUUGUUAUACAAGAAGUGACCCGGCGCGGAGUUACCGAUUCGAAUCAAAGCUAGCGGCAGAAACCUAACUCACUACCCGCAAUAGAAAACAAAACAAA